AUGGUCCUGGCACUGAGAGGUUUCUUUGUCCAGAUUGAGUUUCAUCUCUCCACUGAGUGUCCUGGAGAAGCUGUGGGCGGCCAGAUGGCAGGGUCUGUCACAAUGUUCAGCAAAGUGUACAUAAGUCCCGGAACAAGAGAAGAGGAGGCCCCCAAUUGGUACCCAUCCACCCUGGCCUCUCGAGUCACAGCAGGAUUAAGCACAUCCUCUCCACCAGGGAGUGAUAAGGCAGUCCAGCAAGGGAAAAGUGACACAGUGGCAACUUCUGAAACCACCAUCCCCAGAACUGGUUGGUGGAACCCAGAGGAGUCAACUAGCGGUUUGAACCUGAGGCUGGUGAAUGGCGGUGACCGGUGUCAGGGCCGGGUUGAGGUCCUGUACCAAGGCUACUGGGGCACCGUGUGUGACGACAGCUGGGACAUGCAGGAUGCAGAUGUCGUCUGUCGACAGCUCGGCUGUGGCCACUCUGUAUCAGCACCAGGAGGGGCCCACUUUGGUCAGGGCUCAGGGAACAUUCUCUUGGGAGCUGUACACUGCUCAGGAUGGGAACCGUACCUGUCCAGCUGUCAGCACGAUGGGUGGUACAACCAUAACUGUGGCCACAGGGAAGACGCUGGAGUCGUGUGCUCAGAAGCCUCACGGAUGACCACAGAAGCAGAGACGACGACUUUAUAUGGUGUGAACUGGGGUUUAUCACAUUUCCACUCUUUUCUGAUUGCAGAUUACACCUGUGGAGGUUUUCUGACCCAACUCUCUGGACGCUUUUCCAGCCCAUACUACCCAGGGAACUAUCCUAACAAUGCCAGAUGUUUGUGGAACAUUGAGGUCCCCAACAACUACCGUGUGACUGUGGUCUUCAGAGAUGUGCAGCUUGAAGGAGGCUGCAGCUAUGAUUACAUUGAGAUUUUCGAUGGCCCCCACCACAGUUCUCCUCUCAUUGCCCGGGUUUGUGAUGGGGUCUUGGGCUCUUUCACCUCAACAUCCAACUUCAUGGCGAUUCGCUUCAUCACUGAUAACAUUAUCACUCGAAGAGGGUUCCAGGCUGAGUACUACUCGGAAUCCGACAACACCACCACCAGUCUCCUUUGUCUGUCCAAUCACAUGCAAGCCAGUGUGAGCAGGAGCUACCUUCAGUCCUUGGGCUAUUCUGCUAGGGAUAUUGGCAUUCCUGGUUUUAAUGCAAGUUACCGGUGUCAGCCCCAGAUAACACAGCAGCAGGUCACAUUCACUAUUCCCUACACAGGCUGUGGCACUACCAAACAGGUCGACAAUGAUACCAUCAACUACUCCAACUUCCUCACAGCGGCUGUUUCAAGUGGCAUCAUCAAAAGGAAAAGGGACCUCCACAUCCAUAUCAGCUGCAAGAUGCUUCAGAACACCUGGGUCAACACCAUGUAUAUCACCAACAACACCGUCGAGGUCCAGGAAGUCCAGUACGGCAAUUUCGACGUGAACAUUUCCUUUUAUACAUCCUCCUCCUUCUUGUACCCAGUGACCAGGAGCCCAUACUAUGUGGGUCUGGACCAGAAUUUGUACCUUCAGGCUGAAAUCUUCCAUUCUGAUGCCUCUUUGGCUUUGUUUGUGGACACCUGUGUGGCUUCACCACACCCCAACGACUUCACCUCUUUGAAGUAUGAUCUCAUCCGGAGUGGAUGCGUAAAGGAUGAAACCUACUGGACCUACUCCUCGCCCUCGCCUCGAGUCUCCCGCUUCAAGUUCAAUUCCUUCCACUUCCUGAACCGCUUCCCCUCAGUGUACCUGCAGUGUAAACUGGUGGUGUGUAGAGCGUACGACGCCUCCUCCCGGUGCAACAGGGGCUGCGUGGUGAGGUCCAAGAGGGACGCAGGGUCCUACCAGGAAAAGGUGGACGUUGUCCUGGGACCCAUCCUGCUGCAACCCCCCAGCAAAGACAAGAGGAACCUGGACUUGGCAGUGAAGGAUGUGGAGAAGCCAGCCAGCUCCCAGGCAGUCUAUCCCAUGGCUGCCAUCUUUGGUGGAAUCUUCCUGGCCAUGGUCCUAGCUGUGGCAGCCUUCACACUAAAAAAGAGGAGACGCAUUGCCCGUGGCCAAUCUCUAAGCACUAAGAUACUGGAGGACAUCUAUGGGUGCCCUUAUGACUUUGUCGAAGUGUUUGAUGGACAUCAAGUUGCCUCACUCUCCAUGGGCAAAGUCUGUGCUGGGGCAGAACUCACAUUCCUCUCCUCUUCAAACUUCCUGACGGUGGUGUUUAAAAGUGACGCUAUGAUCACCAACACAGGCUUCUAUGCGCUGUACAACACUGUUCAGCAAGAUGAAAGGCAAAAUGGUAUGGCCUUGAGACUGGUGAAUGGCAGCCACAGGUGUGAGGGCCGAGUAGAGAUCUCCUACAAUGGUACCUGGGGCACAGUGUGUGAUGACAGCUGGGACCUGACAGAUGCCAAGGUGGUGUGCCAGCAGCUCGGCUGUGGUAAGGCCGUGGCAGCCCCAGCUGAGAGCUACUUUGAUAAAGGCGUGGGCCACAUUGUGCUGGACGAUGUGCAAUGCAUGGGGGACGAAGCCAAGGUGUGGCAAUGCACACACCACGGAUGGUUUUCCCACAACUGUGGGCACCAUGAGGAUGCCAGCGUGGUCUGUUCAGGUAUUGAUGCACCAAGCGGAGGACCGGCAGACGAAAGUUUCCAUUGCGGUGGUUUGCUCACAAAUAGUUCAGGCUCCUUCUCCAGCCCUUGGUAUCCUAAAAAAUAUCCCACAAAUGUGGUAUGUGUCUGGGACAUACAAGUGGACACCAACGCUCACAUCAGACUCUCCUUUGAAGUGGUCAAGAUGGAAAACUUCUAUGGCUGUCCUUACGACUUCAUUGAGAUUUUUGAUGGCCCACAGAGUGAAUCAUUUUCCCUGGGGAGAUUCUGCUCAGAAACCACCCCGGUAUUUACCUCUUCUUCAAGCCACAUGAGUGUGGUGUUCCACAGUGAUGAAAUUGUCACCAACAUCGGAUUCCUUGCAUCUUAUGAGUCUCUGUUGCAAGACGAGAAAGACACUGAUGUGGCGCUCAGACUAGCCAGUGGCAGCCACCCAUGUGAGGGCCAUGUGGAGCUGCAUUACAACGGCAGCUGGGGCACGGUGUGUGAUGACAGCUGGGACCUGAGAGAUGCCCAGGUGGUGUGCCAGCAGCUGGGCUGCGGUGGGGCGGUAGCAGCCACUGGCCGAGCACAUUUUGAACGAGGCCGAGGCCCCAUCGUCCUGGAUGAUGUGGAGUGCAUGGGAACGGAGGCCAGACUGUGGCAGUGUCUGCACGGUGGCUGGUUUGCCCACAACUGUGGCCACCAUGAGGAUGCUGGUGUCAUCUGCUCAGGAUCUCUGUCCUACGCAACACCAUCAUUUCCUGAGAGUGAUAUGAUUUCAGCAUUGGUAGUGAAGCAGCCAGAAGGGCCCACAUCAGCAGGUCUGGACCUGCGGCUGGUGAAUGGGACAAGCAGGUGUGAAGGCCGAGUUGAAGUGCACCAUGACAACACCUGGGGUACUGUGUGUGAUGACAACUGGUCCAUAGAGGAUGCCCACGUGGUCUGCAGACAGCUUGGCUGUGGUCCAGCUUUAUCGGCCCUGCCAGGCACCAGCUUCAGCCCUGGGUCGGGAAGCAUCAUCCUUGAUGAUGUCAACUGCACAGGAAAGGAGUCUUCCCUGGCACAGUGCCCUCACAGAGACUGGCACACCCACAACUGUGGGCACCAGGAAGAUGCUGGUGUCAUCUGUUCAGAUUCUGCAGCUAACGGACAUCCAGCCACUUCAGCUCCUGAGGAACAUCUACAUGGUUUCCAUCCAAUAGAUCUGCUGCUGGUGAGACUGGCUGGUGGGAGAAGCCACUGUGAGGGCCGCGUAGAAGUCUAUUUCAAUGGGACUUGGGGGUCUGUGUGUGAUGAUCUUUGGAGCAUACAGGCCGCUCAAGUGGUAUGUCAGCAACUGGGCUGUGGGGUGGCCCUGGCAGCCCCCAGGAGCAGUCUGUUUGGCGAUGGGUCUGGCCCCAUCUUCCUAGACGACGUGAGGUGCUUGGGCACAGAGACCAACCUGGGGCGCUGCCACCACCUCGGCCUGUCUGUGCACAACUGUGAGCACCAUGAGGACGCGGGAGCCAUCUGUACAGCUGUUGGUGUUGCCUCGGCUUUGGCAGAAGUGGCUCCCAGAGUUGACCAGCUCAUGAUCAGGUUGGUGGAUGGAAAGAACCGAUGUGAAGGGCGAGUGGAAGUCCAUCACAAUGGCACAUGGGGCACUGUUUGUGAUGACCUUUGGGACAUCGAGGAUGCCAAGGUGGUAUGCCGGCAGCUGGACUGCGGGGAGGGUGUCAGCGCCCUUGGGAGUGGCCAUUUUGGAGAGGGCGUGGGGAACAUCUUCCUGGAUGACGUGAAGUGCCAGGGCACUGAGACCUCGCUAGGCCACUGCCACCACCAAGGAUUGUCUGUCCACAACUGUGGCCACCAUGAAGACGCUGGUGUUAUCUGCUCAGCAUCAGCGACAGAAAUGACAACAUCACCCGGUAGUACUUCUUUCUUUACCGUUUUCUCUGAGUCAGUUCAUAUUUCAAGUCCAGCGACGGUUUUGACGGUUUUUGCAACUGGCAUCACUCCCACUCUGGCAGAAGUAACUCCCUCACCUGAUAAGGGCCUCUGCCCACCACACUGCACAGGUGGCCACUGGGGUGGCUGCCAUGACAGUGGGGUUAUAAUGAGGACAGGCUUGAGGGUGAUUGUCACUGUCUUUGGGCAGAGUGCCUCAUCAAACCAGACCCAGCACCACGAAAAAGGUGGCGGGAGGAUCAGUAGAGAUGUGGGAGCUCCUUGGCCAGACACAUCAACAGAAUCAAGCCCUCCAAAUGAAGCACCUUCAGUCUCAGCAGAAGAGGCCACAUCCUCUGAUGCAGCUUUGGCCUCAGAUGAAGGUGAAACAUCCUCAGAUGUAUCUUCGUCCACGGAAGUAACCUCCUCUGACAUUUCUUCAACCUCAGCAGAAACAAGUUCUUCAAAUGAUGCCUCUUCAGCCUCAGCAGAAGAGACCUCCUCUGACAUGUCUUCAACCUCAGCAGAAGGGAAGAGUGAAGAGCCAACUGGUAAAGUCCUUCGCUCAUCUUGUUCUCUGGAUUUAUACACAGAUGCAUCUUCAGCUUCAGCAGACGAUACUUCCUCUGAAACUUCUUCUUCCUCAGCAGAAUCAAGCUCUCCAAAUGGCAUUUCUUCAACCUCAGCAGAAUCAAGCUCUCCAAAUGAUUCCUCUUCAGCCUCAGCAGGAGAGACCUCUUCAGAUGAGUCUUCAGUCUCUGUAGAAGAUACCUCCUCUGCUAUUUCUUCAUCCUCAGCAGACGCAAGCUCUUCAGAUGAUGUGUCUUCAGCCUCUGGAAAAGGAAAGAGUGGAGAGCCAGGUGACGGGUCAACCUCUGCGGAAGAAGAAACAUCCUCAGAUACAUCUUCAGCCUCGGCAGAAUCAAGCUCUACAACCGAUACCUCUUCAACCUCAGCAGAAGAGACGAGCUCCCCUGAUACUUCCUCAACCUCAGCAGAAGCAAGCUCUCCAAAUGCUAUUUCUUCCCCCUCAGCAGAACUGACCUCUCCAAGUGCCACGGUUCCAACAUCGACAAAAGUGACCCCGUCAUCUGACCUGCCUCUGCGCCUGGUCGGCGGGCGGAGCCGCUGUGAGGGCCGCCUGGAGGUGCGGCACCAGGGCGUGUGGGGAACCGUUUGCGAUGACCGCUGGAACAUCAAGAGCGCCCGAGUGGUGUGCCGCCUCCUGGGCUGCGGUCCCGCGCUAGGCGCCCCUGGCAGAAGCCACUUCGGGCCCGGCACAGGCCCCAUCCUGAUGAAUGAAGUGCGCUGCUCGGGCAGGGAGGACUCCCUGGAGAGCUGUGCCCACGCCGGCUGGACAAGACACAACUGCCACCACCGCGAGGAUGCCAGUGUGGUCUGUGCAGGUCCAUCAGACUCUCUUGUGCCCAAGGAUAAUGCUUAUCUGUCCUGCUUGCCUCACCUCUUCCAAGCCGUCAUUGACCGAGGCUAUCUCCGGAGACUAGGCUACUCCUCCUGGGACAUCCACUUAAAUGAUAAGAUGUGUCGCCCCCAAGUCACUGGGCGUUACCUCAUCUUCAGUAUUCCUUAUGGCCACUGUGGUACCAUCAGGCAGGACCACCAAGGCUCUCUCAGCUACUCCAACUCCAUCAGAGGCAGAACGCAAGGCCACCCUGGCCGAGUCAUUGUGAGGCACAAGGUACCCCAGGUGAAGUUCACCUGCAAAGUGGAUGGCCAGUCUGCCAUUGAAAUUGUGCACCAGAGUGACGCUAAGAAGGAGGACGUCGGCUAUGAUGUAUCGAUCUCAUUCCUCCAGUCACCUGCAUCUCAGAACACUGGGGGGAGAAAUCCCCCUUAUGCCAGUCAGAGGGAAGAGGUCUUCCUCCAGGCCACCCUCCACAGCCACAAUCCCAAUCUGAGGCUCGUUGUGGACACCUGUGUGGCUUCUCCUGAUGCCAGUGAUUUCACAACUGUCAAGUACGAUUUGAUCCAGGAAGGAUGCAUCAAAGACAAUUCCUACUCCAACCUCCGGACUCCUGAGAAGAACGUGGUCCAGUUCAAGUUCAACGCCUUCAGCUUCCUCAAAAGCUACGAUGUGGUCUACCUGCAGUGUAAGGUGGCUGUUUGCCGGAUCGGGGACCACUCUUCCCAAUGCUCUCAAGGCUGUACUCGGCGGGAAAGGAGAGGCGCAGGCUCGCCAGAGGUCAGAGAAGAACAAACGGAGUAUUUCCGAACAGUGGGACCACUGAAGAUCCACAGAGCAGUUACUCAGAGCGAGGACCUGGUGUGAUCUCUCCCGUUCUCACAUGAGUGUGUCAGAAAACUGGAAUCAGGUCUGUUUCUUACCAGGAAGCCAGACAUUGGCCCCACUGUCUACACUCUCCAUGCAGGCGGGUGGAAGAACCUGGGGUUGCUUUUCUGGGGUUGGUUAAUCUCUAUCACUAACUUCUAAGGCGGUUGCUCUUUUUGUA